UCCGCGGGUCGGUCCUGGGUCCGCGGGUCCUUGGGUCCUGGGUCCGAGCGUCCGGAGGAUGGUGCGGCACGUCGCGCGUCGGGUGGUGCGGACGCUGCUGGGGCGGCUGGGGCGGCUGGUGGGCGGCCACCCGGUGCUGCUGGGCUCGGCGCCCGUGCUGCUGUCGGUGGUGCUGGGGGCCAGCCUCAGCCGCUGCCGGCUGGACGACGAGGCCGCCGACGGGCUGCUGGCCCCCCGCCACAGCCUGGCCCGCAUCGAGCGCCGCCUGGCCGACAGCCUCUUCCCGCUGCAGCGCUCCCGCCACCGCCUGCCCUCCGCCCUGCACACCCCGGGCCGCUACGGCACCGUGCUGCUCGCCUCCCCGCGCAGGGCCAACCUGCUGGACCCCAAGCACGCCGACCUCAUCCUCCAGCUGCACUCGGCCGUGACGCGGAUCCAGGUGCAGCGCCCGGGCUUCAACUACACCUUCGCCCACAUAUGCGUCCUGAAUAACGACAAGACGUGCGUGGUGGACGACCUGGUGCACGUGCUGGAGGAGCUCCAGGCGGCCCGGGCCUCCAACCGGACCAACUUCGCCAUCACCUACCCCAUCACGCACCUCAAGGACGGGCGGGAGGUGUACAACGGGCACCAGCUCGGGGGGGUCACGGUGCACAGCAAGGAUCGGGUGCGGUCGGCCGAGGCCAUCCAGCUGACCUACUACCUGCAGGCCCUCAACUCCCUCAACGACUUGGUGGCCGAACUGUGGGAGGCCAGCUUCUGCGACACGGUCCGCCUCUUCCAGAAGGCCCACCGCAAGGUCCGCUUCUACCCGUACACCUCGGCCUCCCUGAGGGAAGACUUCCAGGAGACCAGCCGGGUGGCCGAGCGCUACCUGGUCACCGGCCUGGUCCUGGUGGCCGGGGCGGCGGUCCUCUGCUGCUCCAUGCAGGACUGCGUGCGCAGCAAGCCGUGGCUCGGCCUCCUGGGCCUGGUCACCGUGGGCCUGGCCGCCCUCACCGCCGCCGGGAUCGUCAACCUGACCGGCGGGAAGUACAACUCCACCUUCGUGGGCGUCCCCUUCGUCAUGCUAGGUCACGGCCUGUACGGGACCUUCGAAAUGCUGUCCUCCUGGAGGAAGACGCGGGAGGACCAGCACGUGAAAGAGAGGACGGCGGCGGUCUACGCCGACUCCAUGCUCUCCUACUCCCUCACCACCGCCAUGUACCUGGUCACCUUCGGCAUCGGCGCCAGCCCCUUCACCAACAUCGAGGCCGCCCGCAUGUUCUGCUGCACUUCCUGCAUCGCCAUCUUCUUCAACUACCUCUACGUCCUCUCCUUCUACGGCUCCAGCCUGGCGUUCGCGGGCUACCUGGAAAGCAACCACCAGCACGGCGUCUUCUGCCGGAAGGUGCCCGAGCCGGAGGUCCUGCGGCAGAAGCCCCCCUGGUACCGGUUCCUGAUGACGGCCCGGCUGGGCGAGGCCGAGGCCGAGGAAGCGGGCGCUCGCCGGAGCCAGCUGCUCCCGUGUCUCCUCCGGCGCUACUACUCGGACUGGAUCACCAACACGUACGUCAAGCCUUUCGUGGUCCUCUUUUACCUGGUUUAUAUCUCCUUUGCCUUAAUGGGCUACCUGCAGGUCAGCGAAGGGUCCGACGUCCGGAACAUCGUGGCCACGGCCACCCGCACCAUCGAGUACACCAGCGCCCAGCAGAAGUACUUCAGCAACUACAGCCCGGUCAUCGGCUUCUACGUCUACGAGUCCAUAGAGUACUGGAACGCCAGCGUCCAGGAGGACGUGCUGGAGUACACCAAGGGCUUCGUGCGCAUCUCCUGGUUCGAGAGCUACCUGAACUACCUGAGGAAGCUGAACGUGUCCACGGGCCUGCCCAAGAAGAACUUCACCGACACGCUCCGCAACUCCUUCCUCAAGGCCCCGCGCUUCGCCCACUUCUCCGAGGACAUCAUCUUCUCCAAGAAGGCCGACGACGAGGUGGACGUGGUGGCCUCCCGGAUGUUCCUGGUGGCCAAGACCUCGGAGACCAACCGCCGGGAGCUCUACCGCCUGCUGGAGACCCUGAGGAGGCUGUCGGUCACGUCCCGGGUGAAGUUCAUCGUGUUCAACCCGUCCUUCGUGUACCUGGACCGCUACGCCUCCUCCCUGGGGGCCCCGCUCCAGAACGCCUGCGUCAGCGCCCUGUUCCUGCUCUUCUUCUCCGCCUUCCUGGUGGCCGACGCGCUCAUCAACGUCUGGCUCGCGCUGGCCGUCGUCUCCGUCGAGUUCGGCGUCGUCGGCUUCAUGACGCUCUGGAAGGUGGAGCUGGACUGCGUCUCCGUGCUCUGCUUGAUCUACGGCAUCAACUACACCAUCGACAACUGCGCCCCGCUCCUGUCCACCUUCGUCCUGGGCAGGGACUUCACGAGGACCAAGUGGGUCAAGAACGCCCUGGAAGAGCACGGGGUAGCCAUUUUCCAAAGCUACCUCUGCUAUCUCGUGGGGCUCAUCCCUCUCGCAGCUGUGCCUUCUAAUCUGACCCGUACACUGUUCAGGUGCUUGUUUUUGAUAGCCCUCGUCACCUUCUUUCACUGCUUCGCCAUCUUACCUGUGAUCCUGACGUUCGUGCCUCCCUCCAAGAAGAAGAGGAAAGACAAGAAGAACCCGGACCACGGGGAGGAGAUCGAGUCCGUCGAGAUGGUCGACAUGGCCGGCACCCGGGUGGUGGACCAGAUCACCACGGUCUGACUAGGCGGGCGGCCGUGGCGCUUUCACCCUUAGGUCUUACGGCGGAGGGAGGAGACGGGGGCGAACCUUCGCCCUUUAUUUUUCGAAACGAAGGAUGAGCCCUAGGGAUAACCGGGGACCGCGGAGAGGGAGGACGGCCGAGCACGGAAAAUUUAUGCAAGUAUCGGCUCGGUGAUCAGCUCACGUGAUCUGGUCACCUAGACGCCGUCGCUCUGUCGGUUGAGAAAUCGUUCACGGACUCAGAGUUCCUCGGAGGUCGGGGCGGGGAGGCCUGGUGUCGAGGGGCGGGAGGCGGUGGGUUCCGUUUCCGGAAGGGUCGUUUCUUCCCCACGCCGUCCGCGUCUUAGUGCCCCAGCCCCGCGUCCCCCCCGACGUGACCGCCUCUGUCGGCCGCCGUCUUUUAAAAGAGAAAAACAAAAACGUCGGGACGGUCUUCAGAACUCUAGGUAGAAUGUUCUUCUCCCACCAAAGACAGCUUCAGAGCACCCCGCGUGUCCGGGGCGGGAUACGUACGGAUACGUAGACGUGGAUGACUGCGCGGUUGACCGACGGGGUCGCGCCGGUUGUCGUUCCGGGCGUCGAUGGAGAGCUCGCUCGCCGGGGUCUGGCCGAGGGGAAGCCGGGAGCCACCACUUGGAAUAACUCGCUCCGCUCCACCCAAUCCCCCGAAGCCUCUCCCCGCUCCCGAGUCGAAGUGACCGGACCGGAAAGGCGAUAAGGGGACCCCCCCGGCCCCCUCCCUCGGUCUAAACGGCCUUACGGAGGGAGGACGCUCCCAUCCCCUGGGGGAGGCGAAAGGCGCUUGGGCCCGAACGGAGUUCGAGGGAGCCCCAGGGCCACUGACGGACGAGGCGUCAGGGCGACGCCGGGAGUAGAUGGCGGGGGUGGGGGAGACCUCGCUUCGCUCUGCGGCACGUCCGACCCAAACCGCUCGCCUGGGUCAGGAGCGAGGGUGGGGAGGAAGGUGAGGGACGGGGCGAGGAGACGAGGGAGGUUUGGCACACGGGCGAACCCUCCCAAGUCCCAGCCAAGGCGGGCCGAAGGGAGGACGGGAGGACGAGGAGGAGUUGCCCCCGAGAAAACGUGUCUACCCACACUCUGUCGUAUGGUACUCUCCCGGGCGCUCAGCCCAGUGCCCCGCAUCCGGUGAGCGCUCAAUAAAAACCACCAAUCGAUCGAAAAGAACCACCCAAGCAAAUCGUAAUCUCCCCGGGCCUUUCCUCGUUAGGGCUCCGCGCCCCGUCCCCGACCGUCUUCGGCCUCCCCCCGUCUUGCGGUUCAUCUCCUAACCCCAAAUUCUGCAGUUUGGCGAGGAUCUCAGGUUUCACGCAGCAAUGGGGGCUGCAGGAUUCUGGCGUUGGCCCGGGUCGGAGCCGCCGACCGCCAAGACGACCAAACCCGUGGGACCGCGCUGGGCUCGCUUCCCUGCUCUCGUCUUCCCGCUCCCGGAAGCGACGAGCAAGGAGCCGGGAAACCGCCGGGGUCGAAUCUCCCGAUUUACUUCUUCCACAGCCCUUCCGUCUGCGACCACACCAGUAAGCGUUUUCCAGCGAAUGUCAACCGAACGUCAUUUUCCCAGCCCCGGGAAUGAAGAUGGAGAUGAGUAAAUGCCGGCAGAAGCCAACUUCCCCCGCACACCCCCUCCGCGAGGUUUGCUAGGAUUUCUGGCGGCGGCUGCUCGGUGGAAAUCUCCGCGAUAAUAUUGAUCAUUCUAUAUCAUUACUAGAAACCCCGCGAUGAUGUUUCGUUAUGCAUUAAGCCCUUCCUCUAAGUGCUAAGCACUGGGGUAGACACAGAUAAUCCUAACCCGCGUGGGGUCCAGAGUGUAAGAUCUGAGGAGUGCCGGCCGCUGCUCCCCCAUUUUACAGAUGAGGGACCUGAGGCUCAGAGAGGUUAAGUGACUUGCCCAAGGUCACACAGCAGAUCAGUGGCAGAGCUGGGAUGAGAAGCCAGGUCUCCUGAUUCCCCGUUCCCUUGUGCUUUCCAAUAGGUCACCCUGUACUUGUAUAGUUAGGAUGACCCCAAAACAGUUUUUCCCAAACGGUUGAACCGUGAAAACAGGCACCCAUCCAAGUUUGUCCAAAAGCCCUUCACCCUGUCGGCAAAAUUCAUUCAUUCAGUCUUAUUUGUUGAGCGCUUACUGUGUGCAGAGCACUGUACUAAGCGCUUGGAAAGUGCAGUUCGGCAAAAUGCGAUUCUCUGACGUAGAUACGGCCAAAAUAAGUCAGCUCCCCGCCUUCAAAUUCGUCUGUAGGCCAGCUGAGCAAGAGUCCCGACGUGGAUCCACCCUAUUCCAGUGUUCUGCACACAGUAAGCGCUCAAUAAAUGCGAUUGAAU